AUGGCUUUCAAAUUCGUCGUACUCUCCGCACUUUUGGCCGUCGCCAGCGCUGGUGUCCUGCAACCGGUGACCUACGCUCAUGUCGCCAAUCCCGCUGUGGAUGCCGUUGCCUCCAGCCACCAAAAUGUCGUACGCACCUUCGAUGGCACCGUCUCGCAGUACUCGAAGACCAUCCAGACUCCCUACUCCAGCGUGCACAAAUCCGACACACGCGUCAGCAACAAUGUCUACCAACCCGCUGUGGCCAAGACUGUUUACGCCGCUCCAGCUCCAGCUGCUGUCUACACUCAUGCCGCUCCUGUUGCUAAGACCGUGACUUAUGCUGCUCCAGCACCCGCUGCCGCUUUGUACACACACGCCACACCUGUUGUUGCCAAAUCUGUCUAUGCUCCCGCUCAACCCCAUGCUCUGGUUGCUGCUCCAGCUGUCGCCAAGACCGUCACUUAUGCCGCACCAGCUCCAGUAUACCAUCAUGAAGUGCCUGUCGCUAAGGCUGUGAGUUAUGCUGCUCCAGCUCCCGUUUACCACCAAGCCGCUCCUGUAGCCAUACACUACUCUCCAGCUGAGACUGCUUCACACAUGAGCUUCGAUGGUUUCGGUACCCACUGGGACUCCGAAAUGGCUUUCAAAUUUGCACUCACCUUCGCCGCCUUCCUCGCCGUUGCCAACGCCGGCGCCAUACUCUCCCACGUAGCGGUCGCACCCGUUGCCGUAGCCAAGAUUGCCAAUCCCUCCGUGGACGCGGUGGCUACGACCCAUCAAAAUGUCGUGCGCUCCUUCGCCGGCACCGGUUCCCAUCACUCCAAGGCUGUGGAUACGCCCUACUCCAGCGUACGCCAAUCGGAUACUCGUAUCAACAACAAAGUGUACGCACCAGCUAUCGCCAAGACCGUGACCACUUAUGCUGCUCCUGCUGUGACUCCCGUCGUUUCUGCUUACACCGCAGCCGCCGCUGCUCCGUUGGUCAGCAAAACCAUUCUGUCGCCCGUCGCUAAGGUCGCUCCAGUUGUGUACUCUCAUGCUGCUCCAGUCGCCACUUACGGACAUGUUGCUGCUGCUCCAGCUAUUGCUUACUCGCCAGCUGCUGCUGUCGCUCAUGUUGCCUUCGAUGGUUUCGGCACACACUGGGGUUAUUAA